AUGUUCCCAUACGAGUUCAUAAGUCCUCAGAGCGCCGACGAUUCUGGAGUUAUAGUGAACACAACACAACAGUUUCUUGCAUGGCUCGCGUCUGAUCCGGAUCCCAUGGGUGCAGUGCUAGCAGGCAUCGUCCACGCAGCAUCCCACCCAGAUGCCUCGGAGCCAAAGUUCUCGUCAUUCGUUGCUCCCCUGCAACUUCUUCUCAAGGCUGCGGAAUUCAACAGCCUGCACGAGAAGAAGAUCAAGCAGCUUUACAUAGCCCAGGCUCAACUCCCGGACCUACCUCUAGAACUCCAGGAAGACCUGCCUGUCCCACGCAUUGUCUUGGAAGCCGGUAAAGGCGACGUAUACAAUUCGAGCUUGUGGCUUGGGCUGGAGCCGACAUAUACCCCGCUACACCGCGAUCCGAACCCUAAUUUAUUCUGUCAACUUGUUGGCAGCAAAACAGUCCGCCUGCUACCGCCGUCAUCUGGCGAUCGGUUGUAUCGUCAGAUACAGGCUCAGCUUCAGCAGUCGGGGAGUAGUCGCAUCAGAUCGACGGAAAUGAUGGAGGGCCGCGAGAGGGUAGCAAUGAACACAGCUGUCUGGGGAUCGGAGAGCCACGCGGAUAUUACAGAGGCUCAAUUGGGCCCUGGAAAUGCUCUCUUCAUCCCCAAAGGUUGGUGGCAUAGUGUCAAGAGUAGACAUCAUGAUGGGAGGUUGAAUGCCUCCGUGAAUUGGUGGUUCAGGUAG